CACGGAGGGCAAACAGCAGAGUUCAUUUUUCGUCCUUAGUCAUCAUUAUACGACUGACAUUACGUCGCAGCUUUAAGGUUUGUUCAACCGGAUCACAAAGAAAAACUAUGGCUGCGUCUCAACAAUGCCUGAGAACAGGAAGCUGUGCUCCAGGUCCUGUGCCCGAAGGCAAAAUUCGUAUCUACAGCAUGAGAUUCUGCCCAUAUGCCCAGAGAACUAGACUGGUACUGAAUGCCAAGGGUAUUGACCAUGAAAUUGUCAACAUCCAUUUGAAAGAAAAGCCUGAGUGGUAUUUGGAAAAAAACCCUUCUGGUGCUGUACCAACCUUGGAGACCGCCAGUGGUCAGAUAGUCUAUGAAUCAUCAAUCACAUGUGAAUACCUGGAUGAGGCAUAUCCUGCAAAAAAGCUGUUUCCCUCAGACCCCGUGGCAAAAGCAGAGCAGAAGAUGCUGCUGGAUGAAUACUCGAAGGUUCUUACAUUGUUCUAUACCAUUGCACUAAGUAGAGGACCUGGGGUGGACGUGUCUGCACCUGAAGCAGAGCUUAGGGGAAAGCUUUCAAAAUUGGAUCAGGUCCUGGUUAAGAGAAAAACCAAGUUCUUUGGAGGUGACUCAGUCAGUAUGAUUGACUAUCUGAUCUGGCCGUGGUUUGAGAGAAUAGAGGCAUGGCAGCUCAAACAUUGUAUGGAAGGUGCCACAGAACUGAACAACUGGACUCUACGCAUGCAAGAGGAUCCAACAGUGAAGGCUCUCAUGCUCAGUACAGAGAGCCACAAAGGCUUUUUCCAGUCAUACUCUGAUGGAAAGCCCAAUUAUGACUAUGGUUUAUAAAAUGUCUCUCACACUUUCUGAGCAUUUGCUUACAAGAAUCUUUGCAGUUUGGUAAAAGCAUUGAAGAAUAAAAGUAGUUUCUCUUAUACAGAAUCUUUAUUAACUUUUCUGUUUUUAUUAAAGAUUAACUGGACAGUGCUUUGCUGUAACCAUUAAACAUGUAUUGCCAAUAUAUAUUUGUGGUAAAUCUGGCUUGAUUAAACCUUAACAUUUACACUC